ACUUUCACAUUUAUAAUAUUAAUAAGAUAUAGGAAUUUGAACAGAUGGUGUUUUUGGCCUCUGGGGACCUCAAAGAAAAAAAAUGAAGAUUGGUCCCGGAUCCAGGUCUUGCCAUGAGACCUAAGGUAAAAGGUAAUAGCUUAUUCCCUAUAUGGGAAAUUCACUUAAACUUAAAGGGAUUAUGUUUAAUCUAUAAUGUCUGUUUCAGAUGUGGCCUCGCUUAUUAGAGUUCUUUAAAAAGGGAGAGCGCGGUCUGGGCACUCUGGACACCAAACCCGGUUCCACUCUGGACACCAAACCCGGUUCCAGCUCAAAGAAUAGGCCUAAAGGAGAGCGCGGUCUGGGCACUCUGGACACCAAACCCGGUUCCACUCUGGACACCAAACCCGGUUCCAGCUCAAAGAAUAGGCCUAAAGGAGAGCGCGGUCUGGGCACUCUGGACACCAAACCCGGUUCCACUCUGGACACCAAACCCGGUUCCAGCUCAAAGAAUAGGCCUAAAAUCAAAUGCACGAAUUGCGGAAAGCUAAUUAGGAAAAAAAAUGACAGGAAACGGAUUGUAAAUGCAGACGGGGUGAAACAUUUAGUGUGCUCCGCCUGCAACACACGCAUAAGAAAAAAUUUCAAAAAAACCACCCCUGAAAAUGAACUAAUGGGGAGGCCCUUAAAAAGCGAUAGUAAGGCCUCGCCGGGUAGGCCUCGCUCAGGCCUCGCUGCGCGAGGCCUUCUCCAACGCGAGGCCUGGAGCGGUCGCUCCACCCUAAGGACGGCGCUGGUUUGUAGAGAGGUUCCCAGAAAGCUGCAACAGAACAACAGUCAUAGAGAGGUCCACUUCAACAUGGAAGACCACAGACAUGAGGACUGCACUCCACCCAAGUCUAGGGUGAAGGCAUUCAGCAGCAAGGGUCAACUGCUGGGCAGCGAUAGUAAGGCCUCGCCGGGUAGGCCUCGCUCAGGCCUCGCUGCGCGAGGCCUUCUCCAACGCGAGGCCUGGAGCGGUCGCUCCACCCUAAGGACGGCGCUGGUUUGUAGAGAGGUUCCCAGAAAGCUGCAACAGAACAACAGUCAUAGAGAGGUCCACUUCAACAUGGAAGACCACAGACAUGAGGACUGCACUCCACCCAAGUCUAGGGUGAAGGCAUUCAGCAGCAAGGGUCAACUGCUGGGCAGCCCGUUGCCCACGACUGUAGACGGUACGACUAAACCGCUAGAUGAAAAGGACAAGCUGGCCAAUGAGAAGGAAGCAGCUGCUACAGUAGCCUUGGACCAGGCGGCACCGACUACCUCGGUACAGAUACACCUGACAGAUGGCUCACGCCUGGUGGCCACCUUCAACCACACUCACACUGUCGCCGACAUAAGGCGGUACAUUGCUACUGCUCGUCCACAAUAUGAACAUCAGUCUUUCACUCUACUGACUGCGUUAAUGUUUCCCAAUAAAGAACUGACCCAGGACUCACAAACACUAGCGGACGCUGAUCUUCUCAACGCAGCAAUCCUGCAGAGGCCGCAGAGGGAAUUAUGAUCAUUUCAAUUUCAACCCCAUUCUUGCUACUUUAAGGAGGCGAGUUUUCUACUAGUUGAAGACAAAAUAAUUUGCUGAUUCUGGAAAAACUCUAGUUCCUCCCGCUAAUGUAUUUUUUAAUUUGGAAUCGGAAACUUUACAUUUUUCUUUACUUAACACUGUUGUAUAUUUCUGUGUACUAAAAAGUUAUGUACAUAACUGUUAUAAAUAAAUUGUUUUGAG